AUGAUCAAUGUUUCAAAAUGUAGUAAAUGCUAAAAGGUUCCUGAUGAUAUUCUAAUGUUGACUUGUACACAUGAUCUAUGUUUAGAUUGUGCAGCUAAAUCAUUUUCAACUUAAUAAACUAAAAAGAAAAAAAAAGUAUUUUCUUGUCAAAAUAUUAUCUAGUUUUUUGUAUGUGAUGCUUGUUAAUCAAAUACAGAAUUAGAUUCUAAUAGUAUAUAUGAAUUAGAAAAAAUUCAUCUAGCAAUUUCAUAUCAAGAUCGAUCAAAUCGCAAACCUGCUGCUAUGAUCUAAAAAUCCAAUAUUAGUUUAGAAAAAUAAGUAAAAUCGAGAUCUUAAACUCGAUAAGAUAAUAAAGAGAAUUAAAAGGAAAAGACUAUAAAAUUUGCAAUGUAGAAUCCUGAAGGAAAACAAUCAUUUCAUAUAUCAUAACGCAAAAUGAGUAUAUAAUAAAGUGAAAAUUCAUUUAUUCAACAUUCAAGAAAUUAAUGUCUUGAUCAUCCUGAUGAAGAAGUUUCUUAUUUUUGCUUUGAUUGUAAUAGUAAAUGCAUAUGUCCUGAAUGUAUAAUUCAUGGAAUUCAUAAAAAUCAUGAAGUUAAAACAAUCAAAAAAGCUUAUCCUUUGAUUCGAAAAUAAUUAGAAGAUCAGAUUGAAUAAAAUUAAUAAUAGAUGUUAUAUAUAGAAAAUUAAAAAUAAGAUUUAGAAAAAAAAUAAAUUCAAUAAUCUUCAAAUUAAGAAAACAUGAGAUUACAAAUAGUCUAAGAAUUUAAAGUAAUUUUUUUAAUUAAAUUAGGUUCUACAUUAAUUAUUGAAUAAUAAAUAAAGUGAAUUACUAGAACAAGUUGAAAAUCUUCCCUCAAUUAUGAAUUAAUAAGAAAAUUAUAUUAAUAGAUUGAAUGAUGCUGAAAUCAAACUAUAAAAAUUUAAUAUGAAAAUAAGUUAAGUGUUAGAUGAAAAGGAUGAAAUUGAAAUACUCAAUUAUUUUGCAUAUUUAUAAGCCUAAACUACUACUUAAAUACCACCCUCUCCUAACAUAAAGGUUAUUUAAUUGUCCAACUUAAUUUUCUAAUAAAUCAAUGA